AUGAGCAAAGAGCUCCUGGACACACUGUCACACAAAAAGAAACUUUACAAGGAGUGGAAGAUAGGACACCUAGAGUGGGGGGAAUGUAAGGAAGCUGUAUUAGCAGCAAGAGACCUGGUUAGAAAACCUAAACCUCACUUAGAAUUAAGUCUAGCCGGGGAGAUCAAGGGAAACAGCAAAAGUUUCUACAGGUAUGUUAAUGGCAAUAAAAAGACUAGGGAAGGUCUGGACCCCCUCAGAAAGGAAAUGGGUGAACUGAUGACAAGUGAUUUGGAGAAGGCCAAGGUUCUCAACGACUUCUGUUCCUCUGUCUUCACUGGCAAAGUCUCCGGCCACACUCCCGUAGUCACAGAAGAUAAUGGCAGGGGUUGGAUGAAAGAACUGCCCACUAUAAUCGAAGAUCAGGUUCGUGACCAGCUGAUGAACUUGAAAGUGUACGAGUCCAAGGGACCCGAUGAGAUACACUCAUGGGUACUGAGGGAACUUGUGGAUGAGGUUGCUAAACCUCUCUCUAUUAUAUUCCAAAAGUCAUGGCAGUCAGGUGAAGUCCCCACUGACUGGAAAAGGGGAAACAUAAUCCCCAUUUUCAAAAAGGGAAAGAAGGAUGAACUGGGGAACUAUAGGCCAGUCAGUCUCACCUCCGUGCCUGAUAAGAUUAUGGAGCAGAUCCCCCUGGAGGCACUGCUGAGACGUAAGAAUAAUGAAGAGGUGACUGGAUGCAGUCAACAUGGCUUCACCAAGGGCAAAUCAUGCCUGACAAACCUGGUGGCCUAAAAGAGGGUCACAACAUCAGUAUACAAGGGAAGAGCAACUGACAUAAUUUACUUGGACCUGAUCAAAGCCUUUGACACUGUCCUACACAACAUCCUGGUCUCCAAGCUGAUAAAAUAUGGAUUCAAUGGAUGGACAAUUCAGUGAAUAAAGAACUGGCUUGACAGCCGUACCAAAAAAGGGGCUGGCAAAAAGGGCCUGGUGACAAGUAGAGUCCCUCCAGGAUCACAACUGGGACCAGUCUUGUUUAACAUCUUCGUCAGCGACAUGGACAGUGGCUUCGAGUGCAUCCUCAGCAAGUUUACUGACAACACCAAGGUGUGUGGGGAGGCUGACACUCGGGAGGGUAGCGAUGCCAUCCAGAGGGACCUCGACAGGCUGGAGAGGUGGGCCUAUGCCAACCUCAUGAAGUUCAACAAGACCAAUUGCAAGGUCCUCCAUCUGGGUUGGGGCAAUCUCAAGAACCAAUAUAGGCUGGCAAGUGACUGGCUUGAGAGCAGCGCUGAGGAAGAAGACUUGAGUGUUCUGGUGGACAAGAAUCUCAACAUGAGCCAUCAGUGCGCACUUGCAGCCCAGAAAGCCAAUCAUAUCCUGGGCUGCAUGAAGAGAAGCACAGCCAGCAGGCCGAGGGAGAUGAUUCUCCCC